AUGAAGUCGACUGUACUGCUGAUAAUAGGGCUUGCCGCCUUCGCUGCGGCUCGACCCGAGGGGGAUGAUCAAGACUUUGUAGCUGUCAGACAACGUGAUGACUGCAAAGGCAUUAUUCUGCCUCCACCCUAUGAAAUCUACCCGUACUACUUUGUUCGGGCUGAUGUUAUCCAAAAAGCUUAUUUACUGAAGAUGAAGAAAGGAUUACUUGACCAGAAGCUUUGUGAUUUCUACGGAAUUAGGAAAACAGAAAAAGAUGUGUUCAUUAUUGAUGAAAACGUCUUCGACCAACGUGUUUCCUUAAACGAUGAAGACAGGCUUAGAUACUUCACCGAAGAUAUCGAUCUCAACACGUACUACUAUUAUUUCCACGUCGACUACCCAUUCUGGAUGAAGGAUGACAUUUUGGACAAAUUGAAAGUAAGGAGGUGGGAAUUGAACUUCUACAUUUGUCAACAAAUUCUUGCCAGAUACUACUUGGAGCGAUUGUCCAACGGCUUAGGCGAUAUUGAAACACUGUCUUGGGAUAAGCCUGCAAGGAAAGGAUAUUGGCCAUGGAUGGUCCUUCACAAUGGUGUGCAACUUCCUCUUAGGCCAAACAAUUAUGUUCUUGUUGGUGAUAAUGACAUCAAUACCGUUCGCUUAGUUGGUAAUUACGAAAUGAUAAUUAAAGAAGCUAUUAUCAAAGGUCAUAUAGAAAUCAACGGUGCCCGACUAGAAUUGACUAAACCUGAAGAUGUUGAAACGCUUGGCAAGAUUGUUUUUGGCAAAAUUGACAAGAGCGACAAUGUUGACAAGUUACGCAUCGAUGCCUACCGCUAUUUACUUAUAAUUAUGAAAUCUGUGAUUGGACUUAACACUAUGGAUUCUGAUAAAUACUUUGUGAACCCUACUGUACUUGAUUCGUACCAGACUGCCUUACGUGAUCCCAUCUUCUACCAGCUACAGAAACGCCUUUGCAAUUUGCUGAUUCUCUUUAAGAGACGCCUUCCUUCCUACACAAGGGAAGAACUCUACUUCCCCGGAGUCAAGAUCGAGAAUGUUGUUGUUGAUAAAUUAGUGACUUACUUUGACGAUUACCUUAUGGAUAUGACUAACGCUGUUGUGCUCACUGAUGAAGAACUUAAAAAGACCACGUCGGAUAUGGUGUUCAUGGUACGCAAGCGUCGCCUCAAUCAUCAACCAUUCAAAGUCACCCUAGACAUUAUGUCUGAUAAGGCUGUUGACUCUGUAAUCAGAUUGUUCUUGGGUCCCAAAGAAGACAAUCUGGGACGUUUAAUCGAUCUUAAUCGUAACCGUGUAAACUUUGUCGAGUUAGACUCCUUCUUGUACAAAUUAAACACUGGUAAGAACACGAUUAUCAGAAACUCCAUUGAUAUGCAUAACUUGGUUCGUGACCGUAUCAUGACUCGUGAUAUCUGGAAGAAGAUUGAAUCAAUCACUGAUAUAAAAGACUUGCUCAUCAAAGACUUAAGAAACUACCAAACUGGAUUCCCUACAAGGCUGCUACUUCCUAAAGGUCGCGUUGGUGGAUUGAAUUUCGUGCUUUACGUCAUUGUGACUCCAUUGAAAUUAGUUGAUAACGUGGACAUAUCAAUUCUAGACACUAAUCGAAAGGAUCUCGUCGUUGACUUCAGAUCCACUGUACUCCUUGACAAAAUGCCUUUAGGUUUUCCAUUUGACCGUGAAAUUGAAGUUAAUAAAUUCUUUACUCCGAACAUGAAAUUCGUCGAUGUAGUCAUUUUCCAUAAGAAACAAGUUUGUGACAUGAAGACACGGUGGGACCGAUUUGUUAUGAAGAACUAUAAUAUGAAUGACCGCAGUGUUGGUGGAAAUGAUGAAUACAACGUAAAUGUUGACAUAAAUAAGAAAUCAGACACCGAUGUUAACCUGUUUGACUUG